AUGUCGAACGGCGACUUUGAAAAGGAUCCGGGUUUCCAAUACCUUGGUCUGUCUCGUGAGCAGAGAGCAGAAUCUGCUUCACGGCCUUUUGACUCCAAGAAGAACGUCUGGGUUCCAGAUGCAGAAGAUGGCUUCGUCGCCGCUGAAAUUCAAUCCGUACAAGGCGAUCAGGUCACUGUCGUCACCGCGAAAGGAAACUCGGUGACAGUGAAGAAAGAUGAGGCGCAAGAAAUGAACCCUCCAAAAUUCGACAAAACUGAGGACAUGGCGAACUUGACCUUCUUGAACGAAGCUUCUGUCUUGGCGAAUCUUAAAGACAGAUACAAGGACAUGAUGAUCUACGUGACAGUGAAGAAAGAUGAGGCGCAAGAAAUGAACCCUCCAAAAUUCGACAAAACUGAGGACAUGGCGAACUUGACCUUCUUGAACGAAGCUUCUGUCUUGGCGAAUCUUAAAGACAGAUACAAGGACAUGAUGAUCUACACAUAUUCCGGUCUCUUCUGUGUUGUGAUCAAUCCCUACAAACGUCUACCCAUCUACACAGAGUCCGUGAUUAAAUUCUAUAUGGGAAAAAGAAGAAACGAAAUGCCACCCCAUCUGUUCGCCACCUCUGACGAGGCCUACAGAAACAUGGUGCAGGGCUUCGUCGCCGCUGAAAUUCAAUCCGUACAAGGCGAUCAGGUCACUGUCGUCACCGCGAAAGGAAACUCGGUGACAGUGAAGAAAGAUGAGGCGCAAGAAAUGAACCCUCCAAAAUUCGACAAAACUGAGGACAUGGCGAACUUGACCUUCUUGAACGAAGCUUCUGUCUUGGCGAAUCUUAAAGACAGACAGAUACAAGGACAUGAUGAUCUACAGUCCGUGAUUAAAUUCUAUAUGGGAAAAAGAAGAAACGAAAUGCCACCCCAUCUGUUCGCCACCUCUGACGAGGCCUACAGAAACAUGGUGCAGGACCGCGAGAACCAGUCAAUGCUGAUUACCGGAGAAUCUGGAGCCGGAAAGACUGAGAACACCAAAAAAGUGAGAUUUGGCCCUCUUAAGGCUAUGCUACAAGCUACUAACCCCCAUAUAAGCUACAGUAUGUUACAGGUAAUUGCGUACUUCGCAAUUGUUGGUGCCACCCAGCAGGCGGCUGAGAAAAGAGGAGAAGGAGUAAAGGGGGUAAGUGAACCAAAGAAAGCAAGCGGCAAAGGGGGUACCCUCGAGGAACAAAUUGUGCAGACUAACCCCGUACUGGAGGCGUUCGGUAAUGCCAAGACCGUACGUAACAACAACUCAUCACGUUUCGGUAAAUUCAUCCGAACACAUUUCUCUGCACAAGGAAAAUUGGCCGGAGGAGAUAUUGAACACUAUUUGCUCGAAAAGUCUCGUGUCGUACGUCAAGCUCCCGGAGAACGUAGUUAUCACAUCUUCUACCAGCUCAUGUCCGGCCACAACCCGAAAAUCCGCGAUCAGCUGAAGCUGACCCACGAUCUCAAGUACUACCACUUCUGCUCGCAAGCCGAGCUGACCAUCGACGGAGUCGAUGACAAGGAAGAAAUGGCUCUCACACAGGAAGCCUUCGACGUCAUGGGUUUCGAAGACGACGAGGUUUUGGACUUGUACAAAUCUUGUGCAGCCAUCAUGCACAUGGGUGAAAUGAAAUUCAAGCAGAGACCAAGAGAAGAACAGGCCGAACCCGAUGGAGAUGAGGAUGCGCAGAACGUCGCUCACUGCCUGGGUGUCAGCUCUGAAGAGCUGCUGAAAUCUUUGACAAAGCCUCGUGUACGUGUCGGUACCGAAUGGGUGAACAAAGGACAAAAUCUCGAGCAGGUACACUGGGCUGUUGCCGGUCUCGGAAAGGCUAUCUACGCUCGUAUGUUCAAAUGGCUUAUCGGAAGAUGUAACAAGACCCUGGAUGCUAAGCAGAUUGAGCGUCGCUACUUCAUCGGUGUGCUCGAUAUUGCUGGUUUCGAAAUUUUCGAUUUCAACUCCUUCGAGCAGUUGUGGAUUAACUUCGUAAACGAACGUCUGCAACAAUUCUUCAACCAUCACAUGUUCGUUCUGGAACAGGAAGAAUACAAACGUGAAGGAAUCCAAUGGACUUUCAUCGAUUUCGGUCUUGACUUGCAAGCCUGUAUCGAGCUGAUUGAGAAGCCACUUGGUCUCAUCUCAAUGCUUGAUGAGGAAUGCAUUGUGCCGAAAGCCACCGAUAUGACCUACGUGCAGAAGCUGAACGACCAACAUCUUGGCAAACAUCCCAACUUCCAGAAGCCGAGACCACCCAAGGGCAAACAGGCUGAGGCUCACUUCGCAGUUGUUCACUACGCCGGUACUGUGCGAUACAAUGCUACCAACUUCCUUGAGAAGAACAAGGAUCCCUUGAACGACACUGCUGUCGCCUUGCUCAAGGCUCACUCUACAGACUGCAAACUCAUGCUCGAAAUCUGGGCCGAUUACCAGACCCAGGAAGAAGCCGCUGAAGCUGCAAAGAGUGGAACAGGCGGUGGAAAGAAGAAGGCAAGCCCACUUGGUCUCAUCUCAAUGCUUGAUGAGGAAUGCAUUGUGCCGAAAGCCACCGAUAUGACCUACGUGCAGAAGCUGAACGACCAACAUCUUGGCAAACAUCCCAACUUCCAGAAGCCGAGACCACCCAAGGGCAAACAGGCUGAGGCUCACUUCGCAGUUGUUCACUACGCCGGUACUGUGCGAUACAAUGCUACCAACUUCCUCGAGAAGAACAAGGAUCCCUUGAACGACACUGCUGUCGCCUUGCUCAAGGCUCACUCCACAGACUGCAAACUCAUGCUCGAAAUCUGGGCCGAUUACCAGACCCAGGAAGAAGCCGCUGAAGCUGCAAAGAGUGGAACAGGCGGUGGAAAGAAGAAGGCAAGCGGAAAAUCUGCCUCCUUCAUGACUGUGUCCAUGAUAUAUCGCGAGUCCCUGAACAACCUGAUGAACAUGCUUUACCAGACCCAUCCCCACUUCAUCCGUUGCAUCAUUCCCAACGAGAAGAAGACUUCAGGUCUGAUCGACUCCGCUCUCGUGCUUAACCAGCUGACCUGCAACGGUGUACUUGAGGGUAUCAGAAUUUGCAGGAAAGGUUUCCCGAACAGAAUGCUUUACGACGACUUCAGACACCGAUACGCUGUGCUCGCUGCUGACGUGGCCAAGAAUGAGGACACUAAGGCAGCUUCGAUUGCCAUCACGGACAAAUUGGUCACAGAUGGUCUCCUGAAGGACGAAGAAUUCAAGAUCGGAAACACCAAGGCACGUAGCUACCACACCGGAAUACCUGGGAGAUGUAAUUCAUCGGGAGUUUUUCCAGGUGUUCUUCAAAGCCGGUGGUACCUCGGACUCACAGAGCUCAGGAGAAGACAACAACAACAAGCGGGAUUGCUCAUUGUCCAGCGCAACGUCCGCUCAUGGUGCACACUUCGCACCUGGGAAUGGUUCAAGCUGUACGGAAAGGUCAAGCCUAUGCUCAAGGCCGGAAAGGAGGCAGAGGAAAUGGAGAAAUUGUCCGGCAAGAUCAAAGAGCUCGAAGAAGCCAUCGCCAAGGGAGACGAGAGCAGGAAGCAACUCGAAUCUCAGGUGGCCGGUCUCAUCGAGGAAAAGAAUGCGCUGUUCUUGAACUUGGAAAAGGAGAAGGCAAACUUGCAAGAUGCCGAAGAACGCAAUCAAAAACUGGCCGCCCUCAAGGCUGACCUUGACAAACAACUCGCUGAAGUUCAGGAUCGCCUCGCUGAUAUGGAGGAUCGUAACAGCGACCUCACCCGUCUCAAGAAGAAGAUGGAACAGGAGAUCGCUGAGCACAAGAAACACGCCCAAGAUCUCGAACUCUCACUCAAGAAAAGCCGAAAGCGAGAAGCAGACCACAACAUCCGCUCCCUCCAAGAUGAAAUGGCCAACCAAGACGAAGCUGUUGCGCGCCUCAACAAAGAGAAGAAACACCAAGAGGAGGUGAACCGCAAACUUAUGGAAGAUCUCCAAGCCGAAGAGGAUCGCGUCAACCACAUGGAGAAGGUCCGAGCCAAGCUCGAACAACAGCUGGAUGACCUUGAGGAUUCGAUGGACCGCGAAAAGCGAGCCCGCCAAGACCUCGAGAAGAGAGCUCAAGGUUGCCAGGAGAACAUCGAUGAAAUCACCAAGCAGAAGCACGAUGUUGAGCAGAACCUGAAGAAGAAGGAAGCCGAGCUUCACCAGCUUUCAACUCGCUUGGAGGAGGAACAAUCCCUUGUUGCCAAGCUGCAGAGACAAAUUAAGGAGCUGCAAGCCCGCAUCGCAGAACUCGAAGAGGAGCUCGAGAACGAGCGACAGAGCCGAGCUAAGGCCGACCGCUCUCGCUCAGAGCUGCAACGCGAGCUUGAAGAAAUCAGUGAGCGACUCGAGGAACAAGGUGGCGCCACUGCUGCUCAACUUGAAGCCAACAAGAAGCGAGAAGCUGAAUUGGCUAAACUGCGCCGUGACCAGGAGGAAUCCAACCUCAACCACGAAACCGCCUUGGCCUCCCUCCGCAAGAAGCACCACGAUGCUGUUGCCGAGCUGACCGAUCAACUUGAGCAACUGCAGAAGCUCAAAGUUAAGGCUGACAAGGAGAAGGCUCAAUUGCAACGAGAGUUGGAGGAAGUCUCUGCAUCAGUAGAUAGCGAGGUGCGAACACGCCAAGACAUCGAGAAGCAGCUCAAAGUCGUCGAAGUUCAAUAUGCUGAGGCUCAAACGAAGGCUGACGAGCAAUCACGACAACUCAACGAUUUCGCUGCCCUCAAGAACCGACUCCACAACGAAAAUGGUGACCUUGGACGUCAAUUGGAGGACAUGGAGAACCAGCUGAACAGCCUUCACCGCCUCAAGGCACAAUUGACUAGCCAACUCGAGGAGACGAAGCGAAGCUACGAUGAGGAAGCUCGCGAACGCCAAGCUUUGGCUGCACAGGUCAAGAACUUCGAGCAUGAGAACGACAGUCUUCGUGACCAGCUCGACAGCGAAUCAGAAGCCAAGGCCGAACUGCUCCGACAAAUCAGCAAGCAAAAUGCCGAAAUCCAACAAUGGAAAGCACGAUUCGAAAGCGAAGGCCUCGCCAAGCUCGAUGAAAUCGAGGAGGCAAAGCGCAAGCUGCAAGGCAAAGUGCAAGAACUCACCGACGCCAACGAAAUGGCGUUCGCCAAGAUCGGAUCUCUUGAGAAGACUCGUCACAAGCUUAUGCAAGAUCUCGAUGAUGCUCAGGUCGAUGUUGAGCGCGCUGCCGCCUACGCUGCCGCCCUCGAGAAGAAGCAGAAGGGCUUCGACAAGAUCAUCGAUGAAUGGAGAAAGAAGCACGACGAUCUCGCUGCUGAACUCGAUGCUGCUCAACGCGACAACCGCAACCUCUCCACUGAUCUCUUCCGAGCCAAGACCGCCCAGGACGAGCUUGCGGAGCACCUUGAAAGCGUGCGCCGCGAGAACAAGCAGCUUGCACAAGAGAUCAUCGAUGAAUGGAGAAAGAAGCACGACGAUCUCGCUGCUGAACUCGAUGCUGCUCAACGCGACAACCGCAACCUCUCCACUGAUCUCUUCCGAGCCAAGACCGCCCAGGACGAGCUUGCGGAGCACCUUGAAAGCGUGCGCCGCGAGAACAAGCAGCUUGCACAAGAGGUGAAAGAUCUUGCCGACCAGCUCGGCGAAGGUGGACGCUCCGUCCAUGAGCUCCAGAAGAUGGUGCGCCGUUUGGAAGUCGAGAAAGAAGAACUGCAGAAGGCUCUCGACGAGGCUGAGGCAGCGCUAGAAGCCGAAGAGGCUAAAGUGCUCCGUGCCCAAGUCGAAGUCUCCCAAAUCCGUUCUGAGAUCGAGAAGCGCAUCCAGGAGAAAGAGGAGGAAUUCGAAAACACUCGCAAGAACCACCAACGGGCACUUGAAAGCAUGCAAGCCACCCUUGAAGCCGAGACCAAGCACAAGGAGGAAGCCCUGCGCAUCAAGAAGAAGCUCGAAGCCGACAUCAACGAGCUCGAAAUCGCCCUCGACCACGCCAACCGCGCCAACGCCGACGCACAGAAGACGAUCAAGAAGUACAUGGAAACUGUCCGCGAACUGCAGCUCCAGGUUGAGGAUGAGCAACGACAGAAGGACGAGAUCAGAGAGCAAUUCCUCAACUCCGAGAAACGCAACGCGAUCCUCCAGGCCGAGAAGGAAGAGCUCUCACAGAUGGCGGAAGCCGCGGAACGUGCACGACGAAAUGCCGAAGGAGACUGCAUCGAGCUUCGUGAGCAGAACAACGACCUCUCAUCGCAACUCAACGGAAUCACCGCCGUCAAGAGAAAGCUCGAAGGAGAACUACAGGCGAUGCAUGCCGAACUUGACGAAACCCUCGCUGAACUCAAGAACGUUGACGAAAUGGGCAAGAAGGCUGCCGCCGACGCCGCUCGCUUGGCUGAAGAACUCCGUCAAGAACAAGAACACAGCAUGCACAUCGAACGCAUCCGCAAAGGACUUGAGGUUCAAAUCAAGGAAAUGCAGAUCCGCCUCGAUGAAGCUGAAGCUGCUGCUCUCAAGGGAGGCAAGAAGAUCAUUGCUCAACUCGAACAACGAAUUCGUAGCCUUGAACAGGAACUCGAUGGAGAACAGAGACGUCACCAAGAUACCGACAAGAACUGGCGCAAAUCCGAACGCCGCGUCAAGGAGGUCGAAUUCCAAUUGGAGGAAGACAAGAAGAACCAGGAAAGACUCACCGAACUCAUCGACAAGCUCCAGGCCAAGCUCAAGGUGUUCAAACGACAGGUCGAAGAGGCGGAAGAGGUCGCCGCUACCAACCUUGGCAAGUACCGUCAGCUGCAGGCACAGCUCGAUGACGCUGAGGAACGUGCCGACAUUGCUGAGAAUGCGCUAAGCAAAAUGCGCAACAAGAUCCGUGCCUCGGCAUCUGUGGGACCCAGCCAGGGAGGACUCAUGCAGUCGGCAAGCUCCGCGGUCAUGCGAAGCACGUCGUUCGCCAGAGGAGGAGAGUAUUAA